CCCUCACCCCCCCCCCCUCUCUCUCUCGCGCGGUCUCUCUGCGUAUCCACACCGACGUUUGUCUGGUAAUGCUGGUGAUCCCCGGCGUGACGUUGUGUUUAAUCGCUUCCUCCUCGAACUGAUUUGAUCUGAGUGUUUCUGUUUUGUCAUCGGGGAUCAUGCUGACGAAGUUCGAGACAAAGAGCAACAGAGUUAAGGGUCUGAGCUUCCAUAGUAAAAGGCCAUGGAUUCUUGCGAGUUUGCACAGCGGUGUGAUCCAGCUGUGGGAUUAUCGUAUGGGGACCUUGAUCGAUAGGUUUGAAGAGCACGAGGGACCCGUUCGUGGUGUUCAUUUCCACACAUCACAGCCUUUGUUCGUGUCGGGAGGAGAUGAUUACAAGAUUAAGGUUUGGAACUACAAAACGCACAGAUGCCUCUUCACUCUACUUGGACACCUUGAUUAUAUCCGCACUGUCCAGUUUCACCACGAGUGUCCAUGGAUUGUGAGUGCUAGUGACGAUCAGACUAUACGCAUCUGGAACUGGCAGUCACGGACUUGUAUUGCUGUCUUGACUGGUCACAAUCAUUAUGUUAUGUGCGCUUCCUUUCAUCCUAAAGAAGAUCUUGUUGUAUCAGCCUCUUUGGACCAGACUGUCCGUGUUUGGGAUAUUGGCGCUCUUAGGAAGAAGACUGUAUCUCCUGCUGAUGACAUCAUGCGGUUGGGUCAGAUGAAUAGUGAUCUUUUUGGGGGUGUUGAUGCGAUAGUCAAGUAUGUCUUGGAAGGUCAUGACAGAGGAGUAAACUGGGCUGCUUUUCAUCCCACACUGCCUCUCAUUGUAUCUGGUGCAGAUGACCGUCAAGUGAAGUUGUGGCGCGUGAAUGACACUAAGGCCUGGGAAGUGGAUACACUGCGAGGCCACAUGAAUAACGUGUCAUGCGUUAUGUUCCAUGCAAAACAGGACAUAAUUGUAUCUAAUUCGGAGGAUAAAAGCAUCCGUGUUUGGGAUGCUACCAAGCGUACUGGACUUCAAACUUUCCGCCGUGAACAUGACAGAUUCUGGAUUCUUGCUGUUCAUCCUGAAAUGAAUUUAUUGGCAGCGGGACAUGACAACGGUAUGAUCGUUUUUAAACUUGAGAGGGAACGUCCUGCAUUUGCUGUUAGUGGUGAUUCCUUGUUCUUUGCCAAGGAUAGAUUUUUGCGGUACUAUGAGUUCUCGACCCAAAGAGACUCUCAAGUCAUCCCUAUUAGACGGCCUGGUACCGCAAGUUUGAACCAAAGUCCUAGGACUUUGUCUUACAGUCCCACAGAAAAUGCAGUUCUUGUCUGCUCGGAAGUGGAUGGCGGUUCUUAUGAGUUGUACAUCAUACCAAAAGAUAGUGUUGGCAAGAGUGACUUGGUGCAAGAGGCAAAGAAGGGUUCUGGUGGUUCUGCGCUAUUUAUUGCACGAAAUCGGUUUGCUGUUCUUGAGAAAGGCACCAAUCAGGUACUGGUCAAGAAUCUCAAGAAUGAGGUGGUUAAAAAGAGUUCCCUGCCGAUUCCCACAGAUGCUAUCUUUUAUGCUGGGACAGGAAAUUUGCUUUGCAGAUCUGAGGAUAGGGUAGUUAUAUUUGACCUUCAGCAAAGACUGGUUCUUGGUGACCUUCAGUCCCCAUUUGUCAGAUACAUUGUUUGGUCUAAUGACAUGGAGGCUGUGGCUUUACUCAGCAAGCAUACUAUCAUCAUCGCCAGCAAGAAGCUUGUCCACCAGUGCACCCUUCAUGAGACAAUACGUGUGAAGAGUGGAGCUUGGGAUGACAAUGGUGUAUUUAUCUACACAACUUUGAACCAUAUAAAAUAUUGUCUCCCUAACGGAGAUAGUGGAAUAAUCCGAACGCUUGAUGUCCCUAUCUAUAUCACAAAGGUUUCUGGGAACAACAUCUUCUGCUUGGACCGUGAUGGGAAAAAUAGGGUUAUUGCCAUUGAUGCAACAGAAUACAUUUUCAAGCUUUCGCUGUUAAAGAAGAGGUAUGAUCUUGUCAUGAGCAUGAUUAGAAAUUCCCAAUUGUGUGGGCAGGCUAUGAUUGCUUACCUGCAACAGAAAGGAUUUCCCGAAGUUGCCCUUCACUUUGUCAAAGAUGAAAGGACUCGGUUCAACCUGGCUUUGGAAAGUGGUAACAUCAGUAUCGCCGUUGAAGCAGCUAAAGAGAUCGACGAGAAAGAUCACUGGUACAGACUUGGGGUGGAGGCUCUCCGCCAAGGUAAUGCUAAAAUUGUGGAGUUUGCCUACCAGCGGACAAAGAACUUUGAGAGGUUGUCUUUCCUGUAUCUCAUCACUGGCAACAUGGAAAAGCUGUCCAAGAUGAUGAAGAUUGCAGAAGUGAAGAACGACGUGAUGGGUCAGUUUCACGAUGCACUCUACCUGGGAGAUGUGAGAGAGCGGGUUAAGAUCCUGGAGGGUGCUGGGCAUCUGCCCCUGGCCUAUAUCACAGCCUCAGUUCAUGGUUUGCACGACAUUGCUGAGCGUCUGGCGGCUGAGUUGGGAGACAACGUUCCCUCUUUGCCCAAAGGUAAAACUCCAUCGCUUCUACUGCCACCUCCCCCUGUCAUUGGCGGUGGUGAUUGGCCUCUUCUGAGAGUUAUGAAAGGAAUAUUUGAAGGAGGGCUAGAAAGCAGUGCCCGAGGGGCUGUUGAUGAUGAAGAAGAAGGCGGUGAAGGAAAUUGGGGCGAGGAACUUGAUGUGGAUGAUGUUGAUGGAUUACAGAAUGGGGACGUGGAAGCAAUUCUGGAGGAUGCAGAAGCAGGCGAAGAAAACGACGAGGAGGAAGGUGGAUGGGAACUUGAAGACCUGGAACUCCCACCAGAGCUUGAAACACAGAAGGUGUCGUCUAAUGCACGUUCAUCAGUGUUUGUGGCUCCGACUCCAGGGAUGCCCGUAAGUCAAAUAUGGACCCAGAAAUCAUCUCUUGCUGCUGAGCAUGCAGCUGCCGGGAGCUUUGACACCUCAAUGCGUUUGCUAAACAGACAGCUCGGCAUAAAGAACUUUACGCCGUUGAAAUCUAUGUUUCUUGAUCUGUUUGCUGGCAGCCACAGCUAUCUGCGUGCGUUUUCUUCUUCCCCAGUGGUUUCGUUUGCCAUCGAGCGUGGGUGGAAUGAUUCCACCAGUCCCAAUGUCCGUGGCCCACCAGCCCUUGUCUACAAUUUCUCCCAGCUGGAAGAGAAGCUCAAGGCCGGUUACAAAGCUACGACAGCCGGAAAGUUCACAGAGGCUCUACGUAUGUUCCUAUCAAUCCUCCACACCAUCCCACUUGUAGUAGUGGAGACAAGGAGAGAAGUCGACGAGGUUAAGGAACUUAUCAUUAUAGUGAAAGAAUACGUUCUUGGUUUGCAAAUGGAGCUCAAGAGGAGGGAAAUGAAAGACGAUCCCAUUCGGCAGCAGGAGCUGGCCGCAUAUUUCACACACUGCAACCUACAAACGCCUCACCUCCGGCUUGCCCUUCUCAGUGCAAUGAGCGUCUGCUACAAGGCCAAGAACCUCGCAACCGCUUCCAACUUUGCAAGGAGAUUACUGGAGACAAACCCGGCGGUGGAGAGCCAAGCCAAGAUGGCGAGGCAAGUCGUGCAGGCCUCGGAACGCAACAUGACGGACGCAUCCAAGCUUAACUACGAUUUCAGAAACCCUUUCGUGAUAUGUGGGGGGACAUAUGUACCGAUCUACAGGGGACAGAAGGAUGUGUCAUGUCCGUACUGCACAGCGAGGUUCGUGCCAAGCCAUGAGGGAAAGCUCUGUUCUGUGUGUGAUCUCGCGGUUGUAGGAGCAGAUGCUUCGGGAUUGCUAUGCUCCCCUUCUCAAGUCCGUUGAAUCAUUCUUCAGGGAACAAAUUCUCUGCAGUGGCUGGCGAGGCAAGUAAGAGAUUCUUUUUGUAUGUUUAAAUAGCAAAGGUGGGUUAAAUGGGCUUCUUCUUUGCAGUUUGCGGGUUAUAUAUAUCUUUAGUUGUCACUUGUAAGAAUUUUGACUUCUGAGAAUUUCUAUAGUUUUUUUUUUUUGCAUUACAUUUUGGGUUUGUAUUUUUCUUCUUCUUUGCUACAUUGCUUGUUGAAUGGCCAGAUUUCUGAUACAAUAGUUACCUCUUCUUUACA